AUGGGCCGUGCACAGGGAGCUGAAGGGCCGCGAUGCGAUCACACUGAGCAUUCGCCGUCUCGCUCGCGCGGAGCGUCUGGGCGCGCGAUAGAGCAGGACGGGACGGUCAGCUGCAGCGCGAUUGCGCGGGCCGUCGGGGAGCGACGCGCGGGGCAUGCGGCCCGGUCGACAGCUGCGCCGCAUCUGCCGGGCUCAGGUGGAUUCCUUUUCGUCCUCGGCCUAAGAUCCCAAUACGGGCUUACGCUGAUCCACAGCGAAGUGCGCACACAAAACAAACAACAAACCACGAAGAAAAUUCCCAACACCCGGAAACUAUCCGCACCGCGACAGGCAACGUCGCGCACUAAU